AUGCCCGUCGCGGCGCUCCACCGUCCCCCGGUCGCUGUCGGCGCGGGACGCCGUAGUGCCCGACACCAGGCGCGGUUCGCUCUCCGCGCGAGCUCCCUCGAGGCGUCGUCGGCGGCCGUGACGGUGACAGUGAAUGGGUCGGCAGCGGCAGGGGCCGCGGUGGAGAGCAAGGAGAAGGUGCAGGAGGAUAACGAGGGCCUUGUCAUGAAGGAGGAGGAGCAGGAGAGGGGGCGGCUGGAGGUCCUCUACGACGACGGCUUCGGCUCGGUGACCGUCAAGGACUACUUCGCGGCGGCCAAGUUGCUGUGCAGGGACGACGACGGCGGGCCGCCGCGCUGGUUCUCCCCCGUCGAGUGCGGCCGCCCGGCGGUGGACGACACGCCGCUGCUGCUCUUCUUGCCAGGAAUGGAUGGCGUCGGCACGGGACUCAUCCUGCACCACAAGUCUUUGGGCAAAGUAUUCGAGGUUCGGUGUUUGCAUAUACCAGUCAAUGAUCGUACACCAUUUGAAGGGUUAAUACAAACUGUUGAAAAAUCGAUCAAGCAUGAGCAUGGUUUAUCACCCGAUAGACCGAUAUAUCUAGUCGGAGAUUCAUUUGGAGGGUCCUUGGCAGUGGCAGUGGCGGCUCGUAAUCCACAAAUUGAUUUGGUUCUCAUACUAGUAAAUCCAGCUACAUCAUUUGCAAAGACUCCAUUGCAGCCAGUAUUGCCUCUACUGGAAUCAAUGCCAAGCGAGUUUCAUGUUACAGUGCCUUAUCUUCUCAGCUUUAUCAUGGGUGACCCACUGAAGAUGGCUGCAGUUAGCAUUGAAAAUAACCUAUCUCCUCCAGAAACUCUACAGAAAUUGUCUGACAGUCUCACAUCGAUGCUUCCUUUGCUUGCAGAAUUGUCUGAUAUUAUACCAAGGGAUACUCUUUUGUGGAAGCUCAAACUUCUUAAGGCAGGAGCAGCCUAUGCAAAUUCUCGUCUUCAUGCUGUGCAAGCCGAAGUUCUACUUCUUGCUAGUGGUAAGGACAACCUUCUACCUAGUGGAGAAGAAGCGGAUCGACUCUUCAAGGCACUGAAAAACUGCAGAGUUCGAUACUUCAAGGACAAUGGUCAUACACUACUCUUGGAGGAUGGUGUCAAUCUGUUAUCUGUCAUUAAAGGAGCGAACAUGUAUCGGCGUGGAAGGCAAAGGGAUUUUGUAACCGAUUAUCUCCCUCCUACUUUAAGUGAAUUCAAGCAAACAUUUGAUGUGGAUCACAAACUGUUUCACCUUGCACUGAGCCCAGUCAUGAUGUCUACCCUGAAGAAUGGAAAAAUUGUUCGCGGGCUUGCUGGUGUUCCUGAUAAAGGUCCUGUCUUGUUUGUGGGCUAUCAUGCGCUCAUGGGUAUUGAGUUGAGUCCUCUGUAUGAAGAGUUCCUGAGGGAGAAGAAGACAAUUGUUCGUGGCAUGGCUCAUCCAUUUUUGUUUGGAAAAAAAUUUGAGUCAUCGCGCCAGGAGAUAUCUCGGAUCGAUACUGUUUCUAUGUAUGGUGGAUUACCGGUCACCCCAAUCAAUAUGUACAGGUUAUUCGAGAGGAAUGAAUUUGUUCUGCUUUAUCCUGGCGGUGUUCGGGAAGCUCUGCAUAGGAAGGGUGAAGAAUACAAGUUGUUUUGGCCAGACCAACCAGAAUUUGUAAGAAUGGCUGCGCGCUUUGGUGUUACUAUCAUACCCUUUGGGUGUGUAGGAGAAGACGACGUUCUAGAGUUGGUUCUGGAUUACAACGAUCAGAAGAACAUUCCCGGACUUCGGGAGUGGAUAGAGUCAAUCAACAAAGAAGCCGAGAGAGUGAGGGACAGUGUAAAAGGGGAGGAUGGAAAUCAAGACAUGUACUUGCCAGCUCUUCUCCCAAAAGUACCUGGUCGAUUCUACUACCUAUUCGGGCAACCGAUUGAAAUGAAAGGGAUGAACAACCUUGUCAGAGAUAGAAAGAGGGCAAACGAGGUGUAUUUACGUAUCAAAUCAGAAGUGGAGGAGAUAAUGUCAUAUCUCAAGAGGAAGAGGGAGGAAGACCCUUACAGGAGUAUAGGGCAGCGUGCGCUGUACCAGGCAACAUGGGGCGCCUCUGCUCAAGUCCCAACUUUUGAGCCAUGA